AUGGCUAGCCCUAAUCUGAACGAGAUCCAUGACUUUCUUGUGACAUUGGCCCACCAAGCAGGCGAGAUUAUCACAAAUGCUCUGCCCGAUACCGGGGGCGCUGGGUCCAAAAAGAACAGUGCCGAUCUGGUCACAGAAUAUGAUCGGGCAGUGGAGAAGAUGAUUUCGACAUCGCUCAAGGAGAGAUAUCCAGAUUAUGAGUUUCACGGCGAGGAGACCUAUGACCCAAAUCGGCCUUUGACCGAUGCCCCCACCUUCAUCGUGGAUCCGAUUGAUGGCACCGUGAAUUUCGUACAUAGCUUCCCCUAUGCCUGUGUCUCUCUGGGGUUUGCCGUGAGCCGAAUGCCUGCAGUGGGUGUGGUUUAUAACCCCUUCACCAAGACCUUGUAUUCGGCCAUCCGAGGUCAAGGCGCAUUUCUAAAUCACAAAACUCCUCUGCCCUUGAAGGGUGAGAAUGUGGAGCCCCUCUCCGGACUUUCCAAUGCUCUUAUUAGCGUUGAAUGGGGCUCCGAUCGUAGUGGGCCUAAUUGGGACACUAAGGUUCGCACAUUUGCAAAACUUGGCCAGGCAAAAGAGGACGGGGGCGCGAUGGUGCGCUCCAUGCGGAGUCUAGGAUCAGCCGCUCUUAACAUGUGCGCUGUCGCGGAGGGUACUAUGGAUCUGUACUGGGAAGGCGGUUGCUGGGAGUGGGAUGUCUGUGCUGCGUGGGUUAUCCUGACCGAGGCGGGAGGCAUCAUCGUGGAUGGCAAUCCAGGGGGUUGGGAGACCCGUUUGGAUGGACGCAAGUAUUUGGCCGUUCGAGGAGCCCCCGAGGCAGGACAGAGGCAAAUUGUGGAGGAGUUCUGGAGUAUCAUCCAAGGCCAAUUAGAGUAUUAG